UACAGAGAGUGCCAAUCAGACGAUUUUCACUGUGGGACCAAAGCGACAGAUCCCUGCAUACCAAAAGAAAAGAAGUGCGAUGGUUACCUCGAUUGUCGAACUGGUAGAGAUGAGGACGGUUGUCCAGGAGUAUCGUGCGGUUUGGACCAAUUUCGGUGUUCAAGAGGUCACAGAUGUAUCGAAAUGUCUCAAAAAUGCGACCAUAAAGACGAUUGCGGAGAUAAUUCCGAUGAACAGGGUUGCAAUUUCCCAGUAUGUCACGGGGUUCAGUUCCGUUGUGCCAACGCCCUCUGUAUACCAGGAGCUUUCCGUUGCGAUGGUUACCAAGAUUGUUCAGAUGGAUCGGACGAAGUCAAUUGUACGGCGAUAGCGUGUCCGGACAAUAAGUUUCUGUGUCCUAAGGGUAGUCCCUCUGGGUCCCAUAAAUGUAUUCCCAAGAAUAAGCUAUGUGAUGGAAAAAAAGACUGUGAAGAUAAUGCAGAUGAGGAGGCGGCUUGCUCAAAACUAUCUUGUCCUACUCUCGGCUGUGAGUACAAAUGCCAAGCUUCUUUAACAGGAGGAUCUUGUUAUUGUCCAGAAGGCAAAAAAUUGGGACCUGAUAACAGGACUUGUACCGAUAGAAACGAAUGUAAUGAAUGGGGCUACUGCGACCAACUUUGUACGAACACGGAAGGAGGCUACACCUGCUCCUGCGCACGCGGUUUUUUCCUGAAAGAGAAAAAUAGAUGUCUAGCAGAAAAUAGCAGUUCUCUACUGUUAUAUUUUGCUCACGACAAAGCGAUUUUUAGUAUGACCAGCACCGGAAGCAAUUUAAAGGUUAUUGUUAACGCUACUGGAGCUAGUGGAUUGGAUUUCCAUUACACCAAAAAUAUGCUUUAUUGGUCUGAUACCAAAACAAAGAAGAUUCAUGCACAACAAAUAGUAAGCACCCCAGGCUUCUCGACCCCAGACAUAGAUAUCUCUUUACCAGGCUCUUGGUUACCAAUAGCUAUAGCAGUCGACUGGAUAGGCAACAAACUAUACGUGGCCGAUUCGAUAGGCCAAAAAGUAGACAUUUUCGAACUUCAAGGCAAAUGGCACGCAAUUGUUUUAGGAAACAACUUAACCAACCCAGCCGACAUAGCUUUAGAUCCGUUAGUCGGUUUAAUGUUCGUAGCGGAUAGUUCGCAAGUUUUAAGAGCCAACAUGGAUGGUACUAAACCUGUUGCAAUUGUUUCUGAAGCAGCGUAUAAAGCAUCUGGAAUUUCUUUAGAUAUCAUCGCUAAAAGAGUUUACUGGUGUGAUUCUCUGCUAGAUUAUAUCGAAACAGUGGAUUAUGAUGGAAACAACAGGUUUUUGGUAGUAAGAGGACAACAAGUUCCUAGCCCGGCUCGGCUAACUCUAUUCGAAAGCAGAGUAUAUUGGACCGACGGUACAAAACAAGGAGUCAUGUCUGUAGACAAAUAUGAAACCAGCAGUAUACAAUCCAUUUACAGAAUGCGCGAUAUUAGAGAUCCCAAAGCCAUUAAAGCUAUGCAUGCUUUGGUACAACCCCAUUUCGUAAGCCCUUGUGGAAAUAACAACGGAGGAUGUCAGCAUAUGUGCGUGAUUACCAAAACGGGCCCUCAUUUAGGCUUCAGAUGUGCCUGCAACAUCGGUUUUAGAUUAGACGCAGACGAACGUACUUGCAAUUUGGUCACCGAUUUCUUAAUGUACUCUCAGCAAAGAUUUAUCAAAGGAAGAGUUUUGAAUCCGAUUAUCGAAGGUUUUAGCGACGCCAUACUACCAGUCGUCUCGCGAAGAGCUAGAUUCGUCGGUUUAGAUUUUGAUGCUAAGGAUCAGUACAUUUACUACUCAGAUGUGUUGCAAGAUGUGAUUUACCGCGUACACAGAAAUGGUACUGAUAGAGAAAUAGUAUUAGCUUCGCAGAAUGAAGGUGUCGAAGGUUUGGCAGUAGAUUGGGCGGCUAAAAAUUUAUAUUACAUCGACAGUAGAAAAGGGACCUUAAACGUACUAUCAACUCGUAAUAUAACUUACAGAAGAACUUUGUUAAAAGAUUUAAAAAGACCGAGAGCUAUAGUGGUACAUCCUAACAAGGGUUACGUCUUCUUUUCCGAAUGGGAUAGACCAGCUAACAUUUCUAGAACGCUUUCCGAUGGUACAGAUCUACUUGUAUUCAAAAAUUUAACCCUCGGUUGGCCCAAUGGUCUUUCAAUCGAUUUCGAUGCAGAUAGAAUAUAUUGGUGCGACGCUCUCUUAGAUCAUGUCCAGCAUUCUAAAUUGGACGGUACCGACGUUAAAACUGUAAACUCGAGAUUGAUUAGACAUCCCUUCAGUAUAGUCAUAUACGAUAAUUUCAUGUACAUAACGGAUUGGAGAUUGGACGCUAUUGUAAAAUUACACAAACUUACCGGUGCCGGCGAAGAAAUCAUUAUAAAAGAACCUCAAACGAACAGGCUAUACGGCGUUAAAAUUUACAGCGAGCACGAGCAACCCAUUAUACCGACCCAUCCUUGUUGGAAUAAUAACGGUGGAUGUCAGAAAUUGUGUUUCGCUAUUCCGAGGGACGGUAUCUACGAGUUAAACGCUAAAUGUGGAUGUCCGUAUGGAGAACGGUUAGCUGCCGAUCAAAAAACUUGUCAAGCUGAUCCUAACCAUGAGCCACCGGUUCAAGCAUGUCCAAAUAGUUGGGACUUUACUUGUAACAAUCAGCGAUGCAUUCCAAAGUCUUGGGUAUGUGAUGGAGAUGACGAUUGUUUGGAUAACAGCGAUGAAAAUCAGAACUGCACUAAACCAACAUGCAGUACUAGCGAGUUCCAAUGCAAAUCUGGACGUUGUAUUCCAAUGACGUUCAAAUGUGAUGCAGAAAACGAUUGUGGAGACUUCAGUGACGAAACAGGAUGUGUUAAUGUCACCUGCAGCAGCACGCAGUUCCAUUGCGAUAACGGAAGAUGCAUCCCCAAUAGCUGGAAAUGCGAUUCAGAAAAUGAUUGUGGGGACGGAUCUGACGAAGGUGAUUCUUGUGCCGAAAAAACUUGCGCUUACUAUCAGUUUACAUGUCCAAGAAACGGUCAUUGCAUUCCUCAAAAUUGGGUGUGCGAUGGAGACGACGAUUGCUUUGAUAAAGAAGAUGAAAAAGAUUGCCCGCCAAUAACUUGCCAGUCCAACCAAUUCAAAUGUAAUGAUUUGAAACAAUGUAUACAAGAGAGUUAUAAAUGCGAUGGAAUACCCGAUUGUAAUGAUGGAAGUGAUGAAAUCGGUUGUCCAUCCAUAGCUCCUGAUCAAUGUAAUCCCGAAAAACAAUUCCAAUGUGAAAAAUCCGGAAUAUGUAUACCAAAAUCUUGGCAUUGCGAUGGAACUCCAGACUGUGAUGAUAGAUCGGAUGAACCGGAAUCUUGUGGCAACAUAAACUGUCCCAAUAACUUCUACAAAUGUAACAGCACGCAAUGUAUCUUUAAGGCCUAUAUUUGUGAUGGCAAAAAAGACUGUGAAGAUGGUUCAGACGAAAGUUACAUUCACGCAUGCGUCAAGCCUCCGUUUAGAUGUCCUCCAGGAGAAUGGGCGUGUCCUGAUGUAUCGGAACGUUGUAUUAACAUGACUAAAGUGUGCGAUGAUAAACCAGAUUGUCCUAACGGCGCGGAUGAAGGUCCUGACUGUAAAUUCGAAGAAUGUCAACACCAAGGAGGUCUUUGUUCUAAUGGUUGCAAACAGACCCCGCAGGGUCCGUUAUGUUUGUGUCCCAUUGGCGAAACUUUAACCAAAGAUGGUAUGAAUUGUGAAGACCUCAACGAAUGUGACCCUCCAGGAAUAUGUUCCCAACAAUGUACAAAUACCAAAGGGUCCUAUUUCUGCUCUUGUACUGGUGGUUAUGAAUUAGAACCUGACAAGCAUUCUUGCAAAGCAUUUAACCAUUCGGCAGCAUUUUUAAUUAUCUCAAACCGCCACUCGAUUCUCGUCGCUGACCUAAAAGAACAAGGUUUGGAAAGGGUUCCAAUCAUUGUCGAAAACGUGGUAGCAACGGCCUCUAACAUGCACACUGGUACCAUUUUCUGGUCAGACAUGAAACUGAAGAAAAUAUCAAAAUUGGAUAGAGGCACCGAUCCUGUAGAAAUAAUUUCUACUGGGUUGGACCUGGUCGAAGGAUUGGCGUACGAUUGGAUAGGUCAGAACAUUUACUGGUUGGAUUCCAAAUUGAACACUAUCGAAGUAUCGAAAGAAAAUGGAUCAAAUAGGAUAGUCUUGGUUAGGGAGAAUAUAACGCAACCCAGAGGAAUGUGUUUGGAUCCUAGUCCUGGCACCAGGUGGUUGUUCUGGACUGAUUGGGGAGAAAAUCCAAGAAUAGAGCGAAUUGGUAUGGACGGCACCAACCGUUCAACCAUCAUCAACAACAAAAUCUACUGGCCAAACGGUUUAACACUAGACGUUGCUAACCAAAGGGUUUACUUCGCGGAUUCGAAAUUAGACUUCAUUGACUUUUGUUAUUAUAACGGUACGGGAAGGCAGCAAGUUUUGGCCGGCAGUCACUAUUUACUACAUCCACAUUCUCUAACUAUUUUCGAAGAUACCCUUUAUUGGACGGAUCGGCAACUAAAUAGAGUUCUAUCCGCUCAUAAGUUUAAAGGCAACAAUCAAACGGUAGUAUCUCAUUUGAUAUCGCAACCUUUAAGUAUACACGUGCAUCAUCCCUCUUUGCAACCGAUCACCGAAAAUCCUUGCCAAACUGCUCCUUGUCAACAUAUUUGCUUGUUAUCACCGUCUAUACACACUGGUUAUAGUUGCAAGUGUAAACCUGGUUUUAAAUUGAAUCCCGGCGGUACGUGCAGCGAAGAAGAUAACACGUUCUUGAUGGUUAUGAAGGGCACGCAAAUUGUCGAUGUUCCCAUCACACCCGACGAAGUUUCUACUGGAUUCAUAACGCCGAUAGUUGGAAUUGAUCAUGGUGUGCAGAUUGACUACGAUAGAAAGAAUAGCCUUAUUUAUUGGAUUGAAAGUAAAGAUGCAGAAGGCGAAAAUUGCACGAUUUGGAGCACACCGUACGGCGGAGGUAACAAAACACAAGUUCUGGGCAUCGACAACGGCAUCGUGGGAUCUCCCUCUACAAUCGCCUUCGAUUGGUUAGGAAGAAACUUAUAUAUCGGUAACAGAAAGGCUAGCAACAUUGAAGUCAUCAGAAUAGAUGGUAAAAUUAAACAUAGAACAAUCAUAUUAGCAAACGAUGGAAACGAAACUUCCGUAGCAAAUCCAAAAGCUAUUUGCUUGGAUCCUACAGACGGGAAAGUAUAUUGGUUGGAUGAAGGAGGUUUUGGAGUACCGCCAAAAAUAGCUAAAGCCAACAUGGAUGGUACCAAUCCGAUCAUAUUACUUACUGGCAUUAACAAACCAGGAGCGUUAACAAUUGAUAUAGAAACGAAAAUGCUGUACUACAGUACCGAAUACCCACCUAUAAUUGGAAAAAUCAACGUAUUUGGAAAGGGAAAAACAACAAUCUUGAGCGAAGUAAACUACAUUCAUUCACCAAAAUCUAUUGCCGUCCUUGGAAGCAGAUUAUUCUACCUAGAUCCCGCUUACGAAAAAUUAGUACAAGUAGCUCUACCAUCAGGAAGUAAUCCAAGGACAAUUCUAGAAAACGAACCCAGCUUGAAAUCGUUCACAAUUUUUAGAAAAAGACCAUUCAACGACCAUCCAUGUUUACAGAAUAACGGAGGUUGCGAGCAGCUGUGCAUUCCCGCAGAAGGGCGAUCCAGAACAUGCGCUUGCGGAAUAGGUUAUAAAAAGAACGAAAUCAACUGCUCUCCUUUCAGAUCGUUUGCUGUAGUAUCUCAGCUAGACAUCGCCAGAGGUUACAGUCUUAAAGACAGUUCCGAAGCUAUGGUACCAAUCAGCGGACCUGGUCAUCACGUCUUACACGUAGACGUUCACUUUGCCGAGAAUUGGAUCUACUGGGUGGAAUUCAACAGAGGUUACUGGAACGGCAUCUUUAGGAUACGACCGAACGGUACCGAAUUACAACACAUUAUUAAAGACGGUAUAGGUAGUAACGGCAUAAGAGGCAUCGCUAUAGAUUGGAUCGCCGGCAAUAUGUAUUUCACUAACGUAUUCCCGCAUGAAAAUUAUGUUGAAGUUUGCUGGUUGGAUGGCAGACACAGAAAAAUCAUUGUUAAAACUACCACGGAUGCACCAAGAGAACUAGCAGUAAACCCAAUAAAACGAAUUUUAUAUUGGAUCGAUUAUGGACAGUAUCCAAGAAUUGGAAAAUCGAACUUAGACGGUUCUGGCUGGCUUCCGGUGGUCACAUCAGGCAUCAGCGACCCCACCGAUCUUACCAUCGAUAUGAAUACUCACGACGUGUAUUGGGUGGAUUCGAAGUUGGACAUGAUCCAGCGAAUAUCGUACAGCGGUGGAAAUCGAGAAGUCAUUAGACGUAACCUACCGAAUCCUAAAGGUAUAGCCAUGUACAAAUCAGAAUUGUACUGGGUGGAUAGAAACCUGAAAACGAUAUUUAAAGCUUCCAAGUUACCGGGUAACACUUCGUUACCAACCAAAGUUAGAAAUAAUUUGAAAAAUUUAAGAGACAUAGUUAUUUACGACAUUACUAAUCAACCGUCCGACGAGUCGAAUCCAUGUAGAAAGUAUGGCAACGGUGGAUGCGAGCAGCUUUGCUUUUCGUUCCCCGUAGACAUUUCAACCGGCCAAAGACCCUCUUUCAAAUGCGAUUGCGCUACCGGUAAUCUCACUGAGGGAAAUAAAUGCGACUUUGUUAACGAGUACCUCGUUUUCUCGACAAGAACGGAAGUUAGAACUGUAUUUUUAGAUCCCCAAUCGACUAAAGUACCAUUCGCUCCAGUCGGCAACCUCACCAAUGUCGUCGGAAUUGAUUUCGACUAUCAACACCAGUCGCUGUUUUUCACUCAAAUUAAACCAUGGGCUAGAAUCGCUAAGAUGCCAUCUACUAAACCAGACAGCACUUCUAUAGUGAAUUUGAAAAACAAAGGUAUCAAUCCGGAAGGUAUAGCUUACGAUUGGACUCAACAGAAAAUAUACUGGACCGAUUCGUCGAACCGAAGUAUUUACGCUAUGAAUUUGGACGGAACCGACCUCGUAAUGAUAGCUAGAGUGGAAAGACCUAGAGCUAUAGUAUUGGACCCGUGCAAUGGAACUCUGUUUUUCACCGAUUGGGGAAAAUUCGGUACGGCCGGCAAAAUAUUUAGAACUACGAUGGCUGGUUCUCUUAAACGAAUAAUUAUUGACAGAAAUUUAGCGCAACCUUCGGGUUUAGCUAUAGAUUACGAUGAAAAUAUGCUUUACUGGACAGAUGCUGUACGAGAAAAAAUCGAACGAUCCGAUUUUAAUGGAAGAAACAGAGAAAUUCUGAUAUCGGCUACAAUUUAUCCUUUCUCGAUAACAGUUUUCGGUAGAUACAUGUACUGGACAGAUCUGCAACUGAAAGGAGUCUACAGGGCUGAAAAACAUACCGGUGCUAACAUGAUAGAAAUGGUUAAGAGACUAGAAGACAGCCCAAGAGAUAUUCAAGUAUAUUCAGAUAGAAGACAGAUAUGCCGAGCCAAUGCGUGUCAUAUAAACAAUGGCGGCUGCGCGCAGAGUUGUCAUCCAGGACCAAACGGUACAGCUGAAUGUAAAUGUGACGAUAACAGUAAAUUAGUUAACGAAGGAAAGAUGUGCGUUGCUAAAAAUUUGACUUGCGAUUCUAGUAAAUUCUAUUGCGCUAACGGAAGAUGUAUUUCGAGAAUGUGGGCUUGCGAUGGAGAAGAUGAUUGCGGUGAUAACAGCGAUGAAGACACUAAAUAUUGUUCUUUCCAUUCAUGUUCGCCCAGUGAAUUCCGAUGUGCAAAUGGCCGCUGUAUAUUUAAAUCUUGGAAGUGCGACCAUGAAAAUGAUUGUAAGGACGGUUCAGAUGAAAAAGAUUGUGAAUAUCCUAAAUGUGCAGAUGGAGAAUUUACAUGUGCCAAUCACAGAUGUAUUCCUAUGGCUCAGGUCUGCAAUGGGGUAAAUGACUGCAAAGACAACAUUACAUCUGACGAAACUCACGAGAGAUGCCCCAGUAACACGACUUGUCCCCCUAACCAUCUGAAAUGCGAAAAGACCAACAUUUGCGUGGAGCCUUAUUGGUUGUGCGACGGCGACAAUGAUUGCGGUGACAAUUCCGACGAAAAUCCUAUUCAUUGCGCUGAAAGAACUUGUCCGCAGAAUAGUAUCAGAUGUUCGAAUCACAGAUGUAUACCUGCGACUUGGUAUUGUGAUGGUGAUGACGAUUGUGGAGAUGGCGCUGACGAACCCCCAGAAUAUUGUAAAAGCGAUGGAAGAACCUGCUUUGGAGAUCUCUUCACGUGCGAUAACGGCAACUGCGUACCCAGGAUAUACAUCUGUGACGGAGACAACGAUUGUUUAGAUAACAGCGAUGAAGAUAACAGACACGAAUGCAAUGACCGAAAAUGCGACGAAGAAAACGAAUUUACUUGUGAAGCAAACAAGGAAUGGGGCAGAGCACAAUGUAUACCACGUAAAUGGUUGUGCGAUGGGGAUCCGGAUUGUGUUGAUGGAGCUGAUGAAAAUGCUACUAUACAUCACUGUGCUACUCCUCAACCAUGUAGCGAGGAACAAUAUACUUGUCACAAUGGACGAUGCAUCAAUAUUGGUUGGGUUUGUGACCACGAUAACGAUUGCGGCGAUGGUACCGAUGAAGGUAAAGAAUGUAACUCUAAAUACAAAACGUGCUCAACAAACGAAUUUACUUGCCAAAACUUUAAAUGUAUCCGAAGUCAGUACCGAUGCGAUGGAGAAGACGAUUGUGGAGAUCAUUCUGACGAAGUGAAUUGCAAAAAAGAAAACCAAACGUGCGCUGAUCCAACUCAAUUUAGAUGUAACAACGGGCAAUGUAUCAAUUACAAUUUGGUUUGUAACAAGGUGUCAGACUGUAGCGAUGAUUCUGAUGAACCUCUACAUUGCAACGUCGAUGAAUGUGCUAAAGUUGAAAUACACCAAUGUGGUCACAAAUGUAUUGACACCCCUACUGGAUAUUACUGCGAAUGCAAUCAAGGAUAUAAGUUACUUGAAGACGGUAAAGCAUGCGCUGAUGUAGAUGAAUGCAUCGAAAAACCAGGUGUUUGUUCCCAAUACUGCUCGAACACUCCAGGCAGCUACUACUGCAAAUGUAACGAAGAAUUCUACGAAAGGGAAUUAGACGAACACACCUGUAAACGCAAAGACAACACAACGGCUUGGCUAAUAUUCACAAACAAAUACUAUGUGAGGAAUAUGUCAUUAGACGCUCAUGUCUACAAUUUGGUCCAUCAGGAUCUCAUGAACGUCGUAGCGUUGGAUUACGACAUGAAGGACCAGAAUAUCUACUUCUGUGACGUUACAGCUAAAACUAUUUUCAGAAGUCCUUUUGGUAGUAAAGCUAAAGAACCUAUUGUACGUCACGAUUCGCAUGGUUUGGAAGGCAUAUCAAUAGACUGGAUUGGCAGAAAACUCUAUUGGCUCGACAGACAUUCCAAAAACCUCGAUGUCGCUGAAUUAAACGGUACCAAUCGUAAAACUUUAAAGACCAGCAUUCCUGAUCCGAGAGCGAUAGUUGUACAUCCCGGCACGGGAUACUUAUACUUUUCUUCUUGGCACUUACAAGCGUACAUCGGUAAAUUAGGAAUGGACGGUACCAACUUUACGAGAAUCUUAACUUGGGAAAAUGACAUAGCGUGGCCUAACGCUUUAACUAUUGACUUCUUUACUGAUAGAUUGUAUUACGCCGACGCCCAUUUGGACUAUAUAGCCCAUUGCGAUUUAGAAGGAAGACACAGACGUAUAGUUUUAUCAGGAAACGCGGUACCACACGUCUUCGCUAUAUCCUUAUUCGACGACUAUAUUUACUGGACCGAUUGGAACCUUAAAGCCAUCAGUCGAUCGAACAAAUUCGACGGCACCCACUUACAGCUUCUAAGGAACACAACUCACAAACCAUACGACAUACACGUAUUCCAUCCUUUAAGACAGCUCUCUUAUUUUAAUCCUUGCGCCGACAAUAACGGGGGCUGCUCGCAUUUAUGCUUGAUUUCUCCACCACCCGCUUCUAGUUAUCUCAAUAUCGAUGGCUACGGAGACGAGGGACAAACUACGUUCAAGUGUGCUUGUCCCAAUCAAUACUAUUUGGCCACCGAUAGGAAAACUUGUAUCGCUAAUUGUACCGCUGGACAGUGGCAAUGUAAAGGAAACGAUGAGAAGUGUAUUCCGUGGUUCUGGCAAUGCGACGGUGAAAAAGACUGUAAAGACGGAUCCGAUGAACCUUCAACUUGUCCACCACGCCAAUGUAGAGCGGGAACCUUCCAAUGCAAGAACCUAAACUGUACGCCAUCGGCAACAAUCUGUGACGGUACUGACGAUUGCGGCGAUAAUUCCGAUGAACAAAACUGCGACAAAGAAUGUCCGGAAUUGGAAAUGAAAUGUCGUUCGAACGGAAGAUGCAUUUUAGCCAGCUGGAAAUGCGACGGCGAUGCGGAUUGCAAAGAUGGAUCGGACGAAGAUCCAGAAAUUUGCAAUAAACGCGCGUGCGAUCCAGAAACCGAAUUCACUUGUAAGAAUGGUCGUUGCAUACCAAAAUUGUGGACUUGCGAUGCGGACAAUGAUUGCGGUGAUGAUUCUGAUGAACCGGCUUACAUGUGUAGGCAAAAGAAUUGUACUACCGGAUGGCAACGGUGUCCUGGAAGAUCCAAUUAUCGUUGCAUACCGAAAUGGUUGUUCUGCGACGGCAAAGACGAUUGCAGAGAUAAUUCUGAUGAACUACCGGAAAAUUGUCCACAAUGUAAUCCAGAAACCGAUUUCAAAUGUAAAAAUAACAGAUGCAUUCCUAAACAGUGGAAAUGCGACUUCGCCGAUGAUUGUGGAGAUGGUACCGAUGAAUUAGAAGAAGAAUGUAAAGGAGUUUAUCGAGAAUGUUCUGAAUCAGAGUAUAGGUGCAGUAACGGUAAAUGCAUAUCAUCGAGAUGGCGUUGCGACCACGAAGACGACUGCGGUGACAACUCGGACGAAAGUAACUGCAACGGCUUCCAAUGCAAGAACGGCACUUUCCAGUGCGCUUCCGGCCAUUGCAUCGCCUCCUACUUCCGUUGCGAUGGAGACCGCGACUGUCGCGAUAUGUCGGACGAGAAAAACUGUCCACCGCGAUAUCCCGGAGGUAGAUACUGCCCAGAUUCGAGAUUCCAAUGCGAAAACCACCUCUGCGUCAGUCAGGCGGAUCUCUGCGACGGAACUGACGAUUGCGGCGACGCAUCAGAUGAAUCACCGCUUCUAUGCACCAACUUCAACUGCGACACUCUGAAAAGAUACCAAUGCACCAAUCAUAAAUGCAUACCUAGAUACCAACUUUGCGAUGGAAUCGACAACUGCGGGGAUGGUUCCGAUGAAAAUAACAUGACGUUAUGCGCUACGAAAAUGAAAGCUUGCGACGCUCUGACGGAAUAUAAAUGCGCGAAUAGGAAUUGUAUCGACAAGAAACAAGUUUGCGACUUUGCCGACGAUUGCGGCGAUAGUUCCGACGAACUCGGUUGUCAUCAUAACGACGUUUGUUCCGACGCCACUAGAGGAGGCUGCGAACACCAUUGCAUGAAUUUAACGGACGGCGGUUACAUCUGCGCUUGUUAUUCCGGUUUCAUCAUAUCCAAGGAGAACCGAAAAGUGUGUUUGGACGUGGACGAGUGCGCCACGGGCGCUCAUCACUGUUCGCAAAUUUGUAUCAAUCUAAACGGCACUUACGGAUGCGCUUGCAGAGCAGGUUUCCAACUAUCCGAUCAUCUAUCAGGCGUUUGUAAAGCGGAAAAAGAAGAUAUCACUCUAUUGGUGGCGAACGGAGGCGAGAUACGUUCGUUCGAACUGAAAUUAAGAGACGUCGAAGGCGUUAUCACGGAAGAACAACGCAUCGAUGCCGUAGAUUACAAUCCCACAACCCAAAUGAUCUUCUGGGCUGAUAGUAGACAGAAAACUAUUAAGAGAUCGUACAUGGUUAAUGCUUUGAACGGUGACGUUAAGGCUGGAUUUGCUCAAGACCUAGAUAUUAAAGGUAAUUCGAAACCGAUAUCUAUAUCCGUAGAUUGGGUAGCCAAUAAUCUCUACUGGACGGAAAUAGACAGAAGCGCUAAGCCCAAAGGAAGAGUCAUGGUCGCUAAAACGGACGGUCGCUACAGAAGAUCUUUAGUUAACGUAGGAUUAGAAAAUCCCUCUUCUCUAGUAGUAGAUCCGCAAUUAGGAAAAAUGUACUGGACCGAUUCCGGUUCGACGCCCAAGAUCGAAGUGUCUUGGAUGGACGGAUCGAAACGUCAACCUCUGGUAACCGAAGAAAUACGUCACCCGACCGGUUUAGCCAUAGACUUUGCCAUGGAUCACACAAUCUACUGGGUAGAUACUAAAUUGAACAUAAUCGAAAGUAUGAAAAGUGACGGAACCAAUAGAAGAAUCGUUAUUAGAGGUGAUAUGUUGAAGCAUCCGAUAUCGCUAGAUGUUUUCGAAUCCAACAUGUACUGGAUAACUAAGAAUACGGGAGAAUUGAUUAAGCAGGAUAAGUUUGGUAGAGGAGUACCAGUUACCAUACAAAGAGAUAUGCAAAAUCCGUCAAGUGUUAAAGUAUACCAUGACCUCAAAUACAAUACGUCGCUACAAAAUCCAUGUACCCACAACCACUGUUCCCACCUUUGUCUGCUCGUCCCACAGGGCCAUAGAUGUUCGUGUCCAGAUUCGUCGGUAGCUAGUCAAAAGAUAAAAGCAGAUAUAAUCUGUGAUGCAGCAGCUGAACGCGAGCGGCCUUUACCGAGAAUUUGUAAAUGUGAAAAUGGUGGUACAUGCAAAGAAGCAGAUGACAGCAAUGAGCUACAGUGUAGGUGUUUGCCCAACUAUCAUGGAGAGUUUUGUGAGAUUCACUCCGAACAUAGUCGAGCUGGAGAAGUCACCAGUACCACGGCUGUCGUGGUUUCUAUUGUUGUUCUUUUAUUGAUUCUGGGUGCUGCGUUGGGAGUGUACAUAUUUAUCAGAAAGAGACCAUUUGGAAAAGGAUCUGCCUUAGGAAGCUUGGCCAGUAGCCAGAGCGUGUCAUUUAGGCAGGGAACCAAUGUGGAGUUUGGUCCAAAUUCAUUCAAUAAUGGAGGAGGACCUUCAGAACCUGUAGAUGUAUCCUAUAGUCUAGAUGCAAUGAGCGCCAAUGCUAAGAAUAGAGAUUUCCAUAAUCCCAUGUAUGAUGCUGUACAGAAUAAUCCUGAAGCCAUACCUAACGGUAGUGGAGCUUUGUACGAAGUUUCAUCGGACUUCCCCAAACCAAAAGGUGAUACAUUCCUUGAACCGCCGAGCGCUGUGAUCGCUCCCUCAAGUGUCAAACACAUGUCAUCUCCGAACGUCCAAGUAAGACAUCGAGAAUUGGAUCCCGCGCAACAAGACACGGGUAAAGACACCCAAAAACUAGUAGAAGAAGACUGCUGAUAUCAAAUAAAAAUCCCAAUUUUUAACAUAACACUCGACUAUAAUAGAUAAUAUCAAAAAUGAGCUUUUUUAAGGCCUGGCCGAGCGGUUAAUUAAAAAAAUAAAUACGAAAAUUUUGAAUUCAGACAGCUAGGUUUUUGAAUCGCGGUUGUUUAUUUCCGGGCUUGAAUUGCAGCUCUGCAGUAUUAAUGAGAAAUUUGCAAAUAAUGGCAAAUUUGUUAGCUGACGUAGUUUUUUGCUCUUUUUGGGGGUAUACCUACUUUAUUAACUAUAAUUUUCUAAGAAAUUGUAGAUAAGAAAACCAAUUGCUACUUAUAUCUUACUACUUAAGCAUUUAUAAAAUAUAUUUUCACUAAUAAUAAUUUUUUCACCGAUUUAUUUUUUAAAUAGCGGUACAUACACGUUUCUGAUUACUGAAGUUUUUACACAUUAUACCUAAAGGAUGUAAGAAAGUAAUGAUAUUAUCUUUUUGGUAAAUUGUCCUCCAAAAUGUGUAGAUCAUUUUAUUUCUAAACCAGUAGUUUACAUUUUGUACUACAUAGUACUCCCCUUUCAUCAAAUAUACCAUGCAGUUUGUACAACAAAUAAAAAAUAUUAACGAUUUCAUUUACAAAAUUGAGUGUCAACAACUUAAUAUUAAAUCUACGAUAACCAUAAUCAUAAUUUAGGUAGGUUAGAAAUUAUUUUAAAAAUGUUAGUUAUAUACUUACAAUAAUAAGGUACCAAGCUAUCAAAUAAAAAUGUUUCAUUAUAUUCAAAUUGUCUUGAAACCUAUCAUAAAAGUGGCUCAUUUAAGUUCAAUUUAAUCAAUUUUUCAAAUACAACACCCUGUAUAUUUUUAAAUUUACCUAUCGAACAAUGAUCGAUAACUAUUUUAUUAUUAUGACGAGAUUUUGUAUAUAAAAGUUAUAUCUACUAUUUAUAUCCAUAUAUUAUAAAAUUAUUCUUAAAUAUACAGUGUAGUCUAUAAACAAAAAGUAAAGAAAUUAAUUAAUUGGUGGUAUUAAAUACAGGGUAUUUAAUUUGAAAAAAUUGAGAAAUGCAAAAAAAAAUAUGAAAAUAUGAAGUCUAUUAAACAUGUUUGCCGAUGUGAAAAUAUAAUUAAAUCUGUUAUGCAUAACUAUCUACAGGGCGUUAAAUUUACUGUGAAUUUAUGACAAUAACGCCUCCAGAAACUAAACCAACCAGUAUUUAAUAAAAAGAAAAAUUAUACAGAUUUCAAAAAUUAAUUUAUUUAGAACACUAGGCUAAUGACCUUAGAUGUUGAAGCCGUACACCAAAUAAAAAAAAAAAAUAAUUUUAUUUGGGGUCCGCAUUAUUCUCUAAUUUUACAAAAAAAAUAAUUGCUUGGCAACCCUGUAAUAUUGUUCAAAAAUAUUUUAGGGUCGAAUACUAUGAAUACACUAAAAUCAGGUCAUUUUGAAACUAAAAUAAAAGCUGUUCAAUUUUUUUUUAUUUGAAAAGCAGGAGCAUAAUAUAUUUUUAAAAUAUACCUUUUUUAAAUCCAUAUAACUUUUACUAGAUACUUGUUCGCGUGUAUAUAACUCAAAUUUAAAUAUGCUCUUUUGAUUUUGCUGAAUCUUUUCAAGCAAACAGUUGUUCAAAGGUUUGAUUUAAAACUAGUGAGUAGGUAAAACCUCUUAUGUACUUGUACAUGUUGCUGAUACCAACAAUAAGAACUAAAACAUAUCUACAGAUUUUGGAAAACCUUUAUUAAGAAUUAUUUUCAAUAAACUCGCAAGAAUUUCGUAUUUAUUUUUAUUUUUAAUUUCUUCAACGGGUCCGAUUCGAUUAGAAUAUCUGUAUAAUACUAUAAAAGUGAAAUUACAAGAUAUUUAGUCAGUAAUAUAAUUUAUUUUUUCAAUGUUUAUGGUUAAGUCGAUGUUGAGAAAUAUAUUUUUUUAUUGAGAUAGUAGUGAGAAAAUAUGUUCAUUAGAUGGAACUAGGGGAAAGUUAGUUUUGGAUAUCACGUGCCAUGUUAAAUUGCAAGGAAACGAUUGCAUGCGAAAAAAUGUCUAGUUCCAUUCUUAUGAAUGAAAUAAAAAACCAUAAUCUUCCAAUAUAUGUGUAAAUAUUCUAAUAAAUUCAUCUCAUUGUAAAAUAUGUUAGAUUUAAAUAUUAGAACGGUUUUCAGAAAAGAAAUAUCAUUUAUUCUAUUACUUUGAUUUUUUAAAUAUUCUCCAGUAACAACAAUCUACUAAAUCCACUGCUGGUGAGGGAUUGAUAGGUUCAUUAUAAAAUAUAGUUGAUCCUGGUAGUCUAUUCAGAGUAGCUAUUUUUGCUAUUGCAUCUCUUUGGUACUUAUUUUUUCUGUCAUUACUAUCAUUAUGAAAUUGUUUGUGCUUUAAUUCUGGAUUUAAUCUAAUAAUUUAAAAAAAGCCUAAAAAAAACACUAAAAUCUGCAUUUUUCUUAGCCGAAAACUUUUUUGAUAUUUAUAUAAUAUAAACUGAAAAUAAUUCCUUUUUUAACAUUCCACUUAUGUGUAGUAAAGUAAAAACACCGUCCAACGUUGUUAAUAUUGCAAUUUUUUUUUGAAAGAUCAGAGAUGCUGUUUAUUUUAGUUUAAAUUUUAUUGAAUUGUUAUUUAAUUCUAUGAUUUUAUUGAUAAUAACGAAUAUUUAUGUGCGUGAUAACGAUUGAAAGUGCUUGUAGACUAGACAUGUAACGUACUUACAGCACAGGUUAACCCGCGUCUCUAAUAAAUAUUCAUUAUGGUCUUGUUGCAAAUGAAUGUAACUUUGUGUAAAUAUUCUGGGAGCAAAAUUUGUCUGUUUUACAGAAAAUAUAAAAGUUG